AUGGCUGAACAACAGCUAAGCAAAGUUCUGGAUGAAAAGUUGGAAGAAAAUGAAAAGACGGCUCCUUUGGAACGGACAUUUAUGUAUGACGGGGUGUUAUAUCCUACGAUGACCUCUUGCCUAGAAACCUUGAAAAGGAUUAAUACUUUUAGAGCUCGGGAAGAUGAUAUCAUACUAGUGGCAUACCCCAAAUCAGGUACAAACUGGGUUAAGCAGAUCUUAACACAGCUGGAAGUUGCCUCUAGAAAAUAUGAUGAAGACAAACAGAAACAAUGGCAGCCAACACUGCAAGAAUUAUCACUAAUUUCAUUUCUUGAAUUUGGAGAUCCAGGAAAAUUUGAGAGGAUGGAAAAACUGCCUUUCAGAAGAAUUAUAAAAACACACCUCGGUCCUCAGAUGUUGCCCAAGUCUAUUUUUGAAAAAAAGGCAAAAAUACUGGCUUUGUUUCGGAAUCCAAAGGACACAGCUGUAUCUUACUUCCAUUUUUCCAAAGGCAUCAAAUUGAUUUCUGACCACGAAACCUGGGAUGAGUUCUUGGAAGCUUUUAUCACUGGAAAAG